CCCCGUCAACCGUUUAAGCCCGAAGCAAAAGUCCAUCAUCGCAUUUAUUACAACUCGAUGGAUUUGUAUGUAUGUAUUUUGAAAUCGAGCAAUACCACUUCAGACGAUCUAGUCAGCGGAUAUAUUACAAGUAGAGCCCUCUCGCCCCCAUCCCCCUUUCAGUUCUCCGGAACGUCAAACUUAGAUUUCAUAUUCAUCAUUCCACUCCAACCACUUCGAACCAUCAUCAUUCCCCAGAGACCACGGGUACCUAGUAACCAUACCAGCAUAUAAUAUACUUCACUGACAUUAAGAUCGUGGCACCGCGCCCUACCAACGCAACACCUACAACUCCACACCGCAAGCCUCGAAAUUUCGCAAAGGCGGUCGGUAUAGGGUACCACGUUCUUUGUACCUUCGUACCUUUGAAGAGCCCCCCAUCCCCCCGGUCCCCACUGCGCCUGCCGAAAAAAAGUUCAACGAUCGUAAUUGCACAUAAAGAGAAGCCUUCGCUGUUCGGUCAUUGACUCUACUUACCCUUGGCCGGAUAUCGGUGCCUGACUCACACAACACAACAAAAAAUAUUAUUGCUACCUAUUGCACCAUUAUCGUACAAAACGAACACACAGACGCUGACAAGCACUAUCAUACAAAAUGGUUUCCACAACCUCACCGUCACCAUUCCACCCUACUUCCCAUCAUCCAUACUCACCAUCAACCUCACCACCGCUGAGAAAGAAGAUGUCUAUCACCCAGACCUACUUCCUCGCUCACAAGGCACGGGCCAAGCUUUCCAAUGAAGCUGCCCGGCCUGACCACAACCUCCGUCUCCUCGUCGGUCACGCCAACCUACUGGACUCCUUGAUGCUUGACCUUGCCGAGGCCGAGCAGGAACAAGAGAGCUGGUUCAACCAAUCCGUCCGAGGAGCCGCACCCAAGACGGAAGAGAGGCACGUGCAAUGGGCCGACAGCACUGCCAUGGAGGACGACUGGGAAGCGGACUCCUCCGACUCCGACAGCGACACGGAAGACGAGGACGAAGAUGUGGAGAUGGUAGAUGCGGCACCGCUACGACGGAUACCUUCCAACGUCGUCGUACCGCCAUCUCCACAAUUAUACACGAUGGACGAGGAUGAUGACGACUUUGAGGACGACGAUGAAGACUACGACGCCUUAACACUCACACGAUCACCAUCACACCUAGCAACAUCACCCCCUGAGCUCGAACACGACUCGGACUCAUCAGAAGACGAGGCGAUGCCUCCUUCACCACCCGCCGCAACUAUACCUACAUUCUCAGAUAAGCAGAAGGAAACCACAGUCACAACCAAGUACUACGAUCCGAGGCAAGAUGAAGACAACAAUAAAGCCGAUUUCUACAAUGACGGAUACUACCUGCCGCCGCGAAAUCCGGGACGAAUAGUAUCCGCGAUAUCGGUUUACUAGGAGGACUGUCUCAAUACUUGUUGAUCUUUCACGGCUUGCAUCGGCAUCGGCAUUGGGUCUGGUUUGACAUAAUGUGAUUUCUUCUGCAUCUGGGCGGCGUUUCAAAAUACCAAUAGCGGCAUGGCAUUUUCAAGCGCAAGCGACUUCAUUUGAUUUUUCUUUUAUUUGUCUCGAUAUGAAUACUGUGGAGGAAUAAGGGGAAAAGACGGGUAUCACCGCAGCCUAGAACCAGACUAGGCAUUCAGGUUUGGGAGGCAUAUGUCACCGCUCACAAGUUAUUUUCUAUUGGAGGACUAUUGGAAGAGUACUACCGAAAGCGGUAAACAUCAGGACAGGAUUAGCGGGGCUUGCUUUCGCUCCCUGGUUUUCAACCCACGCACAAAUAUGCUAGGUUCGAAUCUCAAAGGUCGAGUGGAACAGUACAUACAUAGCCGGCGUCGCUUCACCGAAUUUCAGUUACUACAUAGCGAAGGCUGCUACAUACUGCAUACGCAUACAGACGCAGUUAAAGCCCAUCAAUGAAAAAUACAAAUAAUUAGUCAAACAUUAU